AGACUCAUCAAAGGAAGAAGCGUUGCUGUACAACCACAUCUACCAAAUCUACCAAAUUAAUAAUUACAUAUACUGUAUGCGACAACAACAUUUCAGCCAAUAUAUCGUACAUUCACUUGCCAAGAGGUGAAAGCCCACAGGACUGAAUCAUCUCAAGGCCUCCAAUAAGCUGUUGAGAGUCCUCAGAUGUGGAUCAGCUGAUAACCAUCCCCCCCACUUUAUCUUGAUUAUAUUCUUCUUCUGUUUGAUAGGAUUCAGAUCUUUCCUAUACACUGCUUGAGUAAAGUUACAAAGCUUUUGGGUCGAGGUUCAAGACAAGAAGUACUUCUAGAAACCCAUCAUCAUGGUUGCCAUCUCUACUUUGGGGUUUGCAGGUCUCUUGAUUGGUCUCAUAUGGAGAUUCAUCAUCUAUCCUGCAUUUAUCUCACCUUUGGCAAAGGCUCCAAAUGCACACUGGUCUUCUCCAUUUUCUCCUAUCUGGAUCCUGUUUCAGAGAUUUCGAUGUCGGGAAAAUAGGACAGUUCAUGCGCUACACAAACAACUAGGUCCCUUGAUUCGAUUAGGUCCAAAUGAGCUCUCUACUAAUGAUGUGGAGGGUAUUCGAACUGUAUAUGGAGGUGGGUUUGAGAAGGGAGAGUGGUAUUCUUUCUUUGAUAAUUUUGGUAUCCCAUGUAUGUUUUCAACGCUUCCCUCGAAGAAUCAUUCCUCUCGAAAGAGGAUGAUCUCAAAUACCUACUCAAAAUCUACACUACUAUCAUCACCCGCCUUGGCUGAACAAGCAAGGGUCAUUCUCUAUGAACGUCUUCUACCUACCAUUUCAAACUUGGCUUCGUCUUCAAGUCCUCAUGGAGUUGACGUUUACGAUUUAUUCAAUGGCACUACUAUGGAUUUCGUCUCCUCAUACCUAUUUGGACUCAAGAAUAGUGCCAACUUUAUUAAAGAUGUCUCAUAUAGAAGGCAUUGGAUGAGACUUUACCAAGGACGCCAUCGUUAUACUUUCUAUUCACAAGAACUUCCCCGCCUCACUCGAUUCAUCAAUACUUAUAUUUAUCGUAUCGUUCCUACAUUUGUCGAUUCCGCCAAUGAUGAAUUGGAAGAAUGGUGUCAGCAUCGCUGUGAAGCUACUGCUAGAUUUCUCAAGGAAGGCGGAACAUGGGAUACGGAACCUGGCAAUGAACCGGUAGUAUACAACGCGAUGGUAUCUGGUAUUGAGAAAGAGAGUAAAAUGCGCGGCGCGGACUCCGUUCUCAAGGAAGAAACACUCAGGUUUCCAGAUCGUAGUAUCUACAGUGAAAUGAUCGAUCAUCUUGCCGCCGGCCACGAAACUGCAGGUAUCACGGUUACUUAUUUGUCAUGGCACUUAUCCAUCGAUCCCAUGCUUCAGAGAUCUCUAAGAGAGGAACUCCUGAUUCUUUCACCCAACAUGCUUUUCUCGCCCACAUCUACAGCCUCCAAAACUCCAACAAUCCCCGAUCGUAAAGAACUCGAUGCUCUUCCUAUCCUCCACGCAGUCCUAAUGGAAACUCUUCGUCUCCGCGCCGCCAUUCCAGGUGGUCUUCCCCGCGUGACUCCAUAUCCUAGUUGCGAUAUCGGCGCUUACAAGAAUAUUCCUGGUGGCGUUAGAAUCGGUGCUCAAGCUCACAGUGUCCAUCGAAACGAACAAGUUUUUUCAGAACCCGAGAGAUUCGACUACAUGCGAUGGAUGGAAGGAAAUGGUAUGACUGAGGAACAGAAACGUGAAAGGGAUAGGACAUUUUGGGCUUUUAGUAGUGGAGGAAGAAUGUGUAUUGGAAGCAAUUUUGCUAUGCUUGAAAUCAAACUCAUAAUAGCAGCCAUCUACACCAACUUCCGCACUUUGGUCAUAAAUGACGAUGGCGUCGAUCAGAUGGAUGGAUACACCUGUGGACCAUCUGCCGGUAAACUUCAUCUUCGAUUCGAGCAUGUUCUUGCUCCAUCAGCCGUUGAGAACUGAUAUUUCAAGGAAAAAUAUAUACCCAUACAAGGAUGGUGGAUAUAACUUUAUUUUCAGGCGUUGUAUUUGGUUAAUUCGGUUGAAUCGCAGCGGUUUGCCGUUUUCAAAUCCCCACUUCUUUUAGAUAUCUUUUAACAAGAUUUAUUCGAUAAUCUUAAAUGUAUAUCUCGCA